AUUAGGAACUGUCUUGCUUCUUUCUCUGUCUUUGCUUUCCAUGUAGGUCCCUAUCCCUUUGUACUUAACCUGCUUUUCCACCCUUUUCUUUGUCUCUUCAACAAAUUUUACUUAUACGCUGUUCUUCUGCACAUGCAUUGUUCAAUUGCAGUGUAAUUGUAUUUUGCUCUUUUGCUUCUGGCUAUAUGCUAUAAUUCUUUGGAAUUGUUACUGAUUUUGUUAUGGGAUCUAUUGGUAACCCAAAAGCCUGGGUGCCAUACGUGAACACCGAAGACUGUUCCCGAGGUUUUUGUAGCUUGUAUUGUCCUCAAUGGUGCUACAUCAUCUACCCUCCACCACCUCCAAUACAAUUCACUGCCGGUAAUGAUUCACCCCCAAGUUUCUCCCCUCUUGUGAUUGCCAUUAGCGGCGUUUUGGCCAGUGCUUUUCUUCUGGUGAGUUACUACACAAUAACAUCAAAGUAUUGUGGGAGGGUGGAGUCCAUUAGUGGAAGAGAGAAUGAUCAUGGAACCGAUGAAGUAGUGGAAGAUGAUGAUCACAACCCAUCUGCACAUGAGCCGUGGCAGAUUUCGACUACCGGAUUGGAUGAGGCUUUGAUCAAGUCCAUCACGGCUUUCAGAUACAAAAAGGGUGAUGGUUUCGUCGAAGGAACUGAUUGCUCGGUCUGCCUCAACGAGUUCCAAGAUGAUGAGAGUUUAAGGUUGUUGCCUAAAUGCAGCCAUGCUUUCCAUCACCCCUGCAUUGAUACAUGGCUUAGGUCUCACUCCAAUUGCCCUUUAUGUCGAGCUAAUAUAGUGUUUAUUACUGCUUCAGCAGCACCUCCGUUGCCGUCCCCGGUGACGGAAACUCCUCCAGGAAAUGAACAUCUAGAUGAUGAACAAGAAUCGCAAAGAGACGCCGUGAUUCAUAUUAGAGAAGAAGAUUAUGUUCAACAGAUGAGAAGGUCAAUCUCUAUGGACCAUUUAUGUGAAACCCAAGUUUCAGUUGCAGGUCAAGAGGGAGAUAGCAGUAAGAUUAGCAGUAGAAUGAGUGUGUUGCAAUGUGUAAUGAACCCUGCUGCAAUGAAGAGAUCAUUUUCAAGUGGUAGAUUCUUUCUUUCUAGGCAAGGAAGAGUAAGAGAUCUAUCUAUACCUCUUUAAAAUCUAUAGCUUACAUAUGUAAUUGUAUGUAAUGGUAUAAGAUCAUAAGCCUAAGUGAGAACUACAAUCAUCUUGUGCAAUCCAAAACUUAUUUCAAUGUUUUU